GGCCGGUGUUGAUAUGACUGCAUUUGCAGUUGGAUUGAUCCUUCUCGCGUGCCAGCCAAUCAUCUUUCCUGCUAAACCCAGAAUGUCGUAGUGGAGGAUUGACCUGCCGAGGAAGGGUCACGGAUUCUGCGGGGGAAACUGACACCGACUCUGCCUGCACGCAAAAGGGGAUUUGAUGAUUCUCAUCCCUCUUGUGAUCAUUCUUCUCUGACACAGCAUGACGGCCGUGCAACGAUGAUGAAUCCAGCCAGCGUCCCACCACCGGGCUUCUGGGGAAAUCUGUCUCCUGUGCAGGAGGCCCGCCUGCAGCAGCUGUGGACGCUCCUCCUGCAUCUGGCCGAGGCUUCGUCGCUGGGGGCGCUUGAGCAGUUGGUUCGCGUCAACAGCCUCGAACAGCUCCCCUCGUCGCCCUCGCCGUCCAUUUCCCUCUCGCCCACGCCCAGUCGUCGAAAUUCGCUCUUUUCUCGCACAGAAAGUACACUCAUUCGGAAAGGAAGUCGAGAUUCGAUUUCUGUCUAUCAUGCCCGGCUUUUGCAGACGCUUCGUGAUGUCGGACUUGGUGGCUCGCAGGUUCGCUCGAUUCGAAAAUUCCUUUCGGUCAUGUCGCCGGAGGACGUUCGAUUUGGCGUCCUUACAGCAGCGAAACACGAACACCUCGACGUCUACCUCUUACGAUUUCUACGGGUGUCGAAAUGGGAUGUCAACAAGUCGCUGGUACACCUGCUCAACUCGAUCGUGUGGCGGUUAAAAGAGAUGCAGGUGGAUAACGUGCUGCUACCGAGAGGAGAGCUCUACGCGGUCGAAGAGGAGGGAAACAUGGCGAAUCCGUACAAGGCAGAGGAAGCGAGAGGAUUCAUGAAGCAGUUGCGGACGGGCAAGGGAUUCGUCCACGGAGUCGACAAGAUGAACCGGCCGAUCGCGAUCGUGCGAAUACGACUGCACGAUCCGUCGGCGCAGACGGUCGAGUCGCUGAAUCAGUUUAUCACGCAUAUUGUCGAGAGCGCACGGCUGCUGGUGACGCCGCCGGUUGAGACUGCAACAGUUCUCUUCGACAUGACGGACUUUUCGCUCGCGAAUAUGGAAUACGCGCCGGUCAAAUUCAUCAUCAAGUGCUUUGAGAUAUACUACCCGGAGUGCCUCGGCUUCCUCCUCAUCCACAACGCGCCUCGCGUCUUCGGCGGUGUCUGGAAGAUCAUAAAGCCCUGGAUGGACCCGCGCAUCGUCGAGAGGACCGUCUUCACCCGCACCGUCGAGGACCUCGAGCGGUACAUCGACCGCGACCAGAUCAUCGCCGAGCUCGGCGGCAACGAAGACUGGAAGUACAAGUACAUCGAGCCAGACCCCAACGAGAACCGCGCGAUGGAGGACUACGCCACACGAGACUCCCUCCUCGCUGAAAGACAGUCGUUGGGAGAAGAAUUCCUCGCCGCGACCUCGCGCUGGAUCACCGCCUCGCGCGGUGGCGACUCAAUUGAGCUUCAUGAAGCGACCGCACGCCGCGAGAACCUCAUUGAGCAGAUCCGCGUCAAUUACUGGGACCUUGACCCGUAUGUCCGCGCACGGAAUAACCUCGACCGCACGGGCGUGAUACAAGCAGGGGGGUGGAUCAACACGUAUCCAGAAAAAGAGAUGUAUACCAAGCGGGACCCGGAUCCUGAACCUGAGCACGAGCCUAAACCAAUGCAUCUUCAAUCCCAACCACCACCAAUCCACACAGCAAAUAUCGUCCAUGUCGCGCACGACAUGUAUCCAGAACCAGAGACGUACUUCGAGCCGGAUCCCGAGCCUGAGUCGGUGCAUAUUCAAACUCAGCCCCCGCAGAUCCAGACAGCGAAGAUCCUCCAGGUUGCGCAUGUUCAUCGUGCUCAGGUGAAGAUUGUCAAUGUUUAGUCCUUUAAUGAGAUAUGAUAUCCCUUAUGAUUCGUUAUGAUUUGAUUUCCACAUACUGUUUGUCUUCGUCUGUGUAUUUAUUAGCCUGUUUUGUUGUACUUUACUUACAGCCAUCCUAUUGAAUACAGUGAAUCUACUCAUUUAUCGAGUCGUCUGAAUCUACGUACUCAGGAGGAGAUACUAGGAGAGCACCCUGAG